AUGGGCACAGGUCCUCUGGUAGGGGCUAGUGUCGCUGGCGCCCGAGAAGAAUGGGUUGCACAGGCAAGUGCGUCUGCAAUUCAUGCAACCACAAAACGACAACCGUGGCGUGUCGAGUGGAAUUUACAACUGACGACUCUGCUCCUCGUGGCAGCCCUUCCAGCGGCAUUUUUGCUCAUCCGUUGUCACAUGCAGCUCGCCGUCUCGAACAGACCUAUAAACGGAGGUCUAAGGUUGCUGGCUGAAGGGGAAAGGGAAGGGAAAGGGCGAACAACGCCUUGCCGGGGAGACGGCUUGGAAAAUAAAGUGACACCUGAAGGUGCCGGCGAGAGCAUUGAACAUAAGAUGAAACGCCGGGCUGAAAAUGUGGCAAAAAAAUUAAUACAAGUGACGAAAGACUGCUCGUCUGUUGCUCCUUUGCUUCCGACGCAAUUUCCCAUAAGAGUAGUCGAUCUGUUCUUGGGAUUUUGCAUUCAGGAAGUCGCCGCUCUGUCGGCAUUGCUGGCAGGGCAAUUCGAGGAGCAAAAGGUGGAAGUCCUACAGACAGCCGAAUCAGCAGCUUUGGAAGUGAUGGAGAUUUGUUGGCAAAACACGACAACAGGCAAGCGGAACCAUGCAUGCCGCCUCGUGGAAUAUGUUAACGACCUACGGGAUGCUGGCCCAGAAAAUCCUCCGCUCCCAAAUGAAGAGCGUUUAACGAUGCUGGAAGAGCUUCUAGAGCUUCAAGAAACGGCUAUUGGAAUGAUUGAGGGUGCCAUUUCGUCAGCGUUGAUGUCCCGGGACUCCUCAAGACAUCUUACCCCCGAAGCCGCACACGAAUUUGCAGAGGAGUUGAAGCGCGUCGUCUACACUCGGCGUUCUCAGGUGUUCAGAAGCAAGCAUCUCAGUCAUCAACUGAGAACCCUAGAGGCAGAACGCUCCAGAGGAAAGCUAGUGCCACUGUUGAACCUUAAUAAGGUAGACAGGAAACCAAAGCAGCCCCUCGAGACGCAGCUCGCCGAUCUCGUUCACGGUUCAUAUUGGGUUAAAAUUCCUCAGAACAAGACUGACAAGACUUUGCAAGAGACUCCUCCUCGAGACGAAGGAUCCCCAGUAAGGCGCCAGGAACUCCAUUCCAUGAGGAUUAGUGCUAACACAGGAGUGCGAGCUCCCAAAACAAGCUUUGGCGGCAGCCGGCAGAUGUACGAAGUACCUCCCCGGUUUCAAGUCAGGAUGGAGCGGGCACAAAAACGACAGGGCCUCCAUGGUCUACACCGCAGCCGCAACGCGCUUCCCAUUUGCCUCAGGUUUCGAAUCCUUACUUAA